AUGAAUUGCAUGACAGGGCUUUCUACGCAUAUGCCAAUACAAAUAAACCAUAUAAACCAUCAGAAUAUAAAUUAUUGUAAAAGAAGAAACUCUCUCCCCUCUUUUCAUGCUUGGCUGGAGGAUAACAGUGUCCCUGCCAGGCAGUAAAGGCAGCCUGGACCUUUAAGAGCAGCAGUUCCCAGUACAACCCUUCCUGGAUUUUGGAGCAAACCAGGGCGGAAAGCCUGAGCUUGCUGGCUGAGAGGCAAAAUGAACAUUCAAGAGUACUUCGCAAGAAUUUCUUACAGUGAGUCCCAUAAGGAUGCAGACUUGCAAACCUUAACAGUCAUCUUCCAGCAUCACAUCCAGGCAAUUCCUUUCGAAAACCUCAGCAUGCAUUGUGGGGAGACCAUCAAACUGGAUUUACAAUCUACUUACAAUAAGAUUGUGAGACAGAAACGUGGUGGAUGGUGCCUGGAAAGCAACCACCUUCUAUUUUGGGCCUUGCAAGAAUUAGGGUAUGACAUCUGUAUUCUUGGAGGAAAUAGUUAUGAACCAGCAGAGAGGACAUACACUGCUGAGAUAAAUCAUAUCCUACUGAAGGUGGUGAUCAAGGGAAAUUCCUAUAUAGUUGAUGCUGGUUUUGGUGGUGCCUACCAGGCGUGGGAGCCAUUGAUGCUGAUUUCUGGGAAGGAUCAACCCCAGAUCCCCGGCAUCUUCCGCUUCAUGGAAGACAACGGCACCUGGUACUUCGAGAAAGUCAAAAGGAAGCAUUAUAUUCCUGAGCAAAGUGUCCCUUUCACUGAUACUCCAGAACUGGGGAAUAUCAGAAAAAUAUAUACAUUCACUCUUGAGCCACGACACAUAAAUGACUUCCAGGAGCUAAACACAUACCUACAAGUGUCUCCAGAUAACAUACUUCGGAAGAAGUCCAUCUGCAGUCUCCAGACCACUGAAGGGCUUUAUGCCUUAGUUGGAUGGACCUUCACUGAGAUGAAGUAUAACUACAUGGAGGACAUGGACCUGGUGCAGGUCACAACUCUUACAGAUGAAGAGGUUGAGAAGACACUGAAAGAUAAAUUCAAUAUUGUGCUGGAGAACAAACUCGUACCAGUAAACGUUCGUGGCUUGCCACCUAAUUUAGUGGAUGUGAUCUAA